CAGUAGACAUCAGAGGGGGUUUCUAAAAUGGUACAGUCUCUCCGAAAUGGGUGUGGUUGAAUCGUGCUUACGAGAUCUAACGUUAGCAAGCGCAGACCGGGUGAUUUAAUCUGAAACUACGUUAUUUUAUUAGAAUACUGAAAUUUAGCGCUUUGAAUACAAGAACACCUCAUGUGAAUAUGCAUUAGGCCUAUUGCAUGUUUUUUUUUUAAAUUUGUGUACCAAUGGGUGGGUUUCCUGCUCCUCCGGCAAGAUAGCCCAGUUGCUUUUAAAAUAUUAUUUUUAUGUUUCUCUCAAGAGCUUAAGCCUCUGUGUUUGGCAAUUUAUUUAAUAAUUCAUUUUUUGACGAGGAGGCGACGGUCAUUACAAGCGAGGGAGUGAGGGGAGAGAGGGAGGAGGAAGAUAUCCGCGAACUAGCAGAGGAGGAAGGAAGCGAGGAUCACGAAAACCACAAUCAAGAGAAAAACUGAGUCAUAAAAAAGCUAUUUACUAAUUUCAUAUGGUUCAAUGCAUUUUCUUUGAUGCUUGGACAGACUGCAAUUGUGUUCAAUCCGCUCCAACAAAGAUGUUUUCGAGUUUAUGAAGGUCUCGGGCGUAGAAAGGCAAACCAUUCUGAAGAGGAAACGGGAACACAACAGCAGAACUCAUCUUUUCAAGAGGUCCAGUCAAACGGAGAUAUGGUGUCUCUGUACUUCGAACUAAUAUUUAUUUGAUGUGUAGCCUACAUUGGAGAUUCACUGAGCAAGAAUUUAGAGAAGACAAGGAGCAGAGAGGAUAUUGAAAAUAUCUGCAUAUUUUUGUCCCUAUAUUGUUUUCUUUUCAAAGGGAAAAAGGGGCCAAUAAACAUCCCCAGCCUUUUUGAAACAUUACAUCCAGACUGUAUUCGAGAAAGACUACCAACCUCAUCGGAAACAUUACCAAACAGGUGACUGACUGAGUGACAGAGGACAUCGACGAGGCCAGGGACCAAUCCAAAAUGAGCGAGCUGGAGCAGCUGCGUCAGGAGGCGGAGCAACUUAGGAACCAGAUAAGAGAUGCCAGGAAAGCAUGUGGGGACUCAACCCUGACACAGAUAACGUCAGGUCUGGAUCCUGUGGGGAGGAUUCAGAUGCGGACGAGGCGCACUCUCCGUGGCCACCUGGCUAAGAUCUAUGCCAUGCACUGGGGCACAGACUCUAGGCUCUUGGUCAGUGCCUCUCAAGAUGGAAAACUGAUCAUCUGGGACAGCUACACCACUAACAAGAUGCAUGCUAUCCCCCUGCGGUCCUCCUGGGUGAUGACCUGUGCGUAUGCCCCCUCUGGUAACUACGUGGCCUGUGGAGGUCUGGACAACAUCUGCUCCAUCUACUGCUUGAAGACCCGCGAGGGCAACGUCAGGGUCAGCAGGGAAUUACCCGGACACACAGGUUACCUGUCCUGUUGCCGUUUCAUCGAUGACAAUCAAAUCAUCACAAGUUCAGGAGACACUACCUGUGCACUGUGGGACAUCGAGACAAGCCAGCAGACCACAGUAUUUUCGGGCCACAGUGGUGACGUCAUGAGCCUGUCCCUGUCCCCAGACUUCCGCACCUUUGUGUCCGGAGCCUGUGACGCCUCUAUCAAGCUGUGGGACAUCAGGGACAGCAUGUGCCGACAGACGUUCACAGGCCAUGAGUCUGACAUCAACGCAGUCUGUUUCUUUCCCAAUGGCAGCGCCUUUGCCACCGGCUCCGACGACGCUACCUGCAGGCUGUUUGACCUGCGUGCCGACCAGGAGCUCAGCCUGUACUCUCACGACAACAUCAUCUGUGGCAUCACCUCGGUGGCCUUCUCCCGCUCCGGACGGCUGCUGCUGGCCGGCUAUGACGACUUCAACUGCAACAUCUGGGACGCCAUGAAGGGAGAUCGAGCAGGAGUGUUAGCCGGCCAUGACAAUCGCGUGAGCUGUCUAGGCGUGACUGAUGAUGGCAUGGCGGUGGCCACUGGGUCCUGGGACAGCUUCCUCAAGAUCUGGAACUGACAAGUUACCUGAGCCAUGCACACACGCAUACACACAUUACACAUGCACACACAUAGACAUACACAUACAUACACACACAUACCCACACGCACACACAAUAUUGAUCAUACAAAGUAUUCACAUCUCACAUUUUGGUACACAUAGUUUGCACACUGUAUUCACACUGUAUGUAAAGAUGUACACAUACACAUACACAUUGAAACAUUGUACAUAAUAUAUAUAUAACGCCAAUUAGGUAUGAGUUUACACAGACACACAAAUGCCACUUGCAAUUGUACAUGUUACCAAUCACAUUGUAUGCAGGAAGAGUACACCAGAAUUACAAACAAAUCCCCACACUACCCACAACAGAUAUACAGAUCUGGAAAAAAUGAAGAAACCACUGCAAAAUUAUCAGUUUCUCUGGUUUUACUAUUUAUAGGUAUGUGUUUGGGUAAAAAUAA